AAAACCUUUUCAUUUUCAGCCCCUAUGAUAAUUUAGAUUAAUUUGAAAGAUUCAUACACGUGCAUAUAUAAUAUAUCAUUUAUAUAAUAUAACGACAUAAUUAUUAAUUGUGAUAAAAAUAUGUGAAAAGUAUAAAGAAAAAUGUGAUCUCUCAAGUGCGUGAUUAUUCGAUAUUUUAGAAUAAUUGAAUGAUUGGAAUGAUUCGAAGAUUAAAUUCAUUGUUUUUUUUAGUAUAUAUCAGACCGUUCAUAAUUUCAUCAAACUCAUGCAAUUACUCAUGUAACGAUUUCAGCCGUAGUUAUAUCACGAAAGAUGGCGCAACGGUUCUGUAGAAAGUUUCAUACCGGUAAAGAUUCAAUGAAACUCAUGCGUAGAAGUUUGACGAAACGCACUGUUAGAAGAAUAAAAAAAGUUAAAUUGUAUGAUACGUCGAUGGUGAAUAAUAAAGAAGAUUUUAUGAACAUAAUAGGACUCGAAAUGAAAAGGCAAAAAGUAGAAAAUAAUAUGGAAAGAAAUAAUAACGUGAUAGUUAAGAAGAAAAAUGAAGAAGAAGAAGAAGAGGAGGAAGAAGAAGAAGAAGAAGAAAAUUCUUCUGGUACUUUAAGAAUACGAAAAUGCAGUGUCGUUAUUGUUGCUGAAAGGUGUAAAAUUUGUGACUUACCCUUUAAAUGUAAAAGUGAUGUUAUAUUCCAUACGGUUAUGCGACACGGUAAUGAUCCAGUUGUAAGCAAUUACUAUACUGAAAGAAAUACCGUUACGAAGAAACAACGUUCAAACAUUCGAAGAAAGAAAACACCGAAUAACAAUAAUCUAUUUCGUCUUAAAAUAAAGAUAGGUGAAGAGAUCAUUUCGGAUAUUACUAUGAAUCGUAAGCAUUUAAAAAUAUUAAAUUCCUCUUCUGGUUCUAAUUCUACUUCAUCAUCAUAUUUCCCGCCAAAAAUAAUCGAUCCUGAAAAUCGCAAAAAUGAAGAUUCUAUUAAGCUUAAAAAUAAUUCUAAAAGUAGACUAGUAGGUAUUGAUUGUUUUGGCUCGACAAAGAAUCAUUACAAGGACUACGUAAUGGGCGUUCAACCCUUGAAUCAUAUACAUAUGUUAGACGACUCCCUAUUAAACGAAGGGUUUCAGAACGAUGACGGUAAUCGUUCAAAACAUGUUAUAGAUGUUGAGGAUAAAAAUACGGCAUAUUGUAACGAUGAAGCCGUAUUUUUUAGAUUACCCUUGUUAUGCUCUUUAUCUAAAGAUAUUAUGAUAAAAAAUAAUGAAAAUUCAUAUAUAACUAAUAUCUCGUCUAUCGGCGAACGUAAUACAUUCGAUAAAGAAAAUAUAGUGGCUAAAACGCAGUCUGUAAAAAAUAUUGUAAAUAUUGAUCAGUCAGUAAAAGUUACCGAAAUGCAUUUGACUUCGGAUAAAGAGGACGAGAACAAGGUUAAUGAUAAUAAUGAUGAUGCCGAUGAUGACGAAAUACAGGAAAUACUUCGUAUUACCAAAAGAAGACGGACAAGCAACGAGAAUGUCAUACGCAGAUUGGAUAGUCCUUUGAACAAAGAUCGAAUGUUAUCCGAUUCGAAAGAAGAAUUUAUCAAUAUGAGGGAGAAACGAUAUCAUUUAUGCAUAUCCAUAGUAUGAUUAAUAGUCAUCUCCAUCGUACUGAAUAACAUCGGGAUUAUUCGAACCUUGUAAAUACGCUAUAUAUGUAUGUAUGUAUAUAUAUAUAUAUAUAUAUAUAUAUAUGUAUAUAUGGUAUGUACACGAGAGAGAAAGAAGAUACAAAGAUGCAACGGAGAUAAUAAAUAGCGACACCAUUGAAAAGGAAAAAUUGAAAGAAGACCGUAUAAGGAUAGGUUAACCUUUCUUCUUUGAGAAUCGCUUAGUCUAUUAUUAUUUUUGUAUUAUAGAUUGAUGUAGCGUUUUAAUUCUAACGCAAGUAUAUAUUUUUUUUUUUAAUUAUUAAUCUUAUCAGAAAUAUAGCAAUAACUUUUCAGUUAUGACAGCGUUUCUCUCUUAGAUGACAAUAACUCGAAGCUGUGCUUCGAACAUUUUUAAAAACAUAUACUAUAUAAGUAUUAAGUAAGAGAGAACUCUUAAGAAAACUGAUGUAUGGAAGCUCUCUUUAUAAU